GCGCGCGCUCCAUAAAACGGCGCGGUUCGGGAGCGCGGUACAAAGUUUGCGCGCAGACACGAGGAGCGAGUGAUGACUGAUGACUGACGAGUAGAGGAGUGUAGGGAUCGGACUCGGACCCCGCGGACCCACGGACCCUCGCGGAGCGGCACGCGCGCUCUGGACAUCGAACGCACUUUUUCCAUCUGAGUCGCCAACCGGAGCCUCGCCCCCGACCGAGUCCGCGCUCCCGAGUAAGCGCGCCGCGAGAGAGAACAAUGGCGGUGUCCAGCAGGAGGACCUCCCUGCUACUCCUCUGCGGGAUCAUGUUACGCUCCUGUGUUCUCACUUCACCUGCUGCUGGACUUCAGUUCCCCAAAAUCAGCAUGCGUUUUAACCUUGGUGCAUUAAAACUGGAGAACUCGGUGUUCGACGAGGACGGAGACUCCCUCACCGACUGGACCUUUGACACAGACCAGAUGGACAUCCGGAGUUCUCCUCACCUUCUGGAGGACCUGUACGCGCUUUAUUACUCACCACAGAAAAGGGAAAGCAGCGACAUGGAGGAGGACUCGGAACCGCUGUCCAAGAGACACUCGGACGGCAUCUUCACGGACAGCUACAGCCGGUACCGCAAGCAGAUGGCCGUGAAGAAGUACCUGGCGGCGGUCCUGGGCAGAAGGUACAGACAGAAAAUCCGGAACAAAGGGCGGCGCUUCUCCUUCUUGUAGCACUCGCCCAGCAAAAGGGCCUGUGUGUAGAAGCGUGAGAUCAAAUCAUCCCGAAAUCAUCCCGCCAUCAUCCCAAAAUCAGCGAACAAUCCGUGUUCUUUCGACAUGUAUUUAUAUGUAUCCAGUAAAGGCAUUAAAGUACAUAUUUUAAUAAUAACAUUGUUUUUCUUUUGUACAAAGCAAACGAGAGAGCACAUAUAUACUUUGUGAACUGAUCUUUAGUUUUAUGUAUAUAAAUGGCUUAUCAUUAAGGUAUCGUUUCAGAGCAGGUCCUAUUGAGCACCUUGAUCGUUAUAAAGCUACAUAUGCAGAAAAUAAAUAGAUUUUAAAAGACAAUCGGAGAACUGAAUGUCACCCUUGUUUCUGUGACCGAUCCAACGAUUCUCUUCUUCGUGUAAAAGAUGCGAGCGCCGAACGGGGGGUGGGGGGCCGUCUCCAUCUCUCCUCACCCCCCUCAUCCACCCGGGCUCACGGAACUGAGACGCGUCUCUGUACGACCUCGAAAAUCAAUAAUCUGCUGUUAAAAACCCUUUUACUGGAAACACCCUAAAAAGUUAAUGUGCAUCCAUCAGUGUUUCUGAGUUUGGCCUGUUUGACGCUGCUUUAAGAAAGAUUACGCUCUGUAAUUUCAUUCCUUGCAGGACUUCUGCGUUAAUAUGUAAAUACAUAAAUGCAUACGCCCGAGUAGGAAAAAAGAUUUUUUUUUUAAAAAUUGCCGCAUGUUGCACGAGUCGCCGUGGACUCUCUGAAGGUGUUCCUCUCUAGUGCUUGUCGAUUUGAGAAAUUUCACGAAAACCUUGAAAGUGUUCAAUGCAUUUAAUGCCCUUCAUGCUGACAAAGGGUUCGAGGUCAAUGUGAACGUUUGUAAGACCAGGCCGGGUGCACAGACUGGUCCGCAGUUUUUGUCCCCUUUGAUUUGGACCUUUUGUUUAUACAGCAACAGUUUGACAGAUAUUCUUAAUUGUUGCUGUUGAAAAUUUUUAAUCCAGUCUUUCUGACCUCUGCCUCGCUUGCCUCUACUACAAGGGCGAUGUAAAGCGAGAACAGAAGACUAAAACUAAAGCCGGAGCGUAACACACCUGGACACACAGACAGAACACCACCGACAUCCUUCUUGCCCAUGUCCCCAAACAGAGAGUUGUGGGUUUGGUCCCGCAGAUUUAGUUUGGUUUAUUACGGAUGGUGUCAUGCUUCAGCUUCUACUGUUGUUAUCGAUAAAAAACACCAACAAAAUCAGGAUGCGGUAAGAGAGACUCCCAGUUACUCUGAAUUACCAUGGUAAUGAGAACCAGAUGCAGAAGGAGCCCCCCCCCCCCCCCAGGUAGUUCCACCAAAGACCACAUUUGUUCUGCUACCGUAUUUGGCCUUUCGGAGAGCAAACGUGGCACUAUGCAAAGGCAGGAUUGCACUCGGCGUCGGAGCCCAGCGGAGUCGUGCGCGGGCGGGAGCGAGGCGGGAGCGAGGCGGGAGCGCGGAGGCAGCCUGUGCCGACGCCCGUUCGGCUUCCACCUCCCUGGAGCCGCGGGAAACGGCACGUCCUUUCGGCCCCUCGCUUCCGCUUCGGCUCAGCCACCAGUCCCCGACGGCUGUUCAGUGGCCCUACAAUGCUGCAGCCAUCCCACCCCUCGGUUCUUCAUGCCAUCAUCCAUGCGUCGAGCACAACUUUUCGUUCCGUCCAUCCGAUCCGGUUGAAUGAGUGCCGCUUCGAUUUGUUUGCGGGUUCGUUUUUGAGUGACGGGUGAAAGGAAAGCCAUAGCCCCUUGUGAACAUCACGGUUCCCUCCCCAUAAUGCUGACUGUGUGUCUUUUUAAAAGUGCCAAAAGCCUUACUGAACAUGGACAUCCAGCGUAUGAACAUGUGUUAAGAAUCAGAUAUGACAAAUAUUAUUAUAGUUAGACGCUGCA